AUGACCGAUUCCAACUACCACAUUGGACUUUCUUCCCAAUGUGUCUUUGGCAACCACGACUCGACGGCCUACCGCGGCUGUACCCGUCCAUUUGCCUUUCCGCAUUCGGGCCACAUUAUCACAAAGGUCGACGGCCUUCGGCUGUGCCGCUUCGCGGAUUGCAAGACGUGUUCUCUGUCGCCAGAAUACGUCCCUAUCCACUAUGAAUGCUACGAGAUUUUUCGGGCGAGCUGCUCUGUCAAAGGCACCGAUGCGCUUCACCGGUUAUGGGUCGUAGCGGCAUGGAAACGGCCGUGGCGGAAAGCGCAGCCGAUCCGCCUGCGCGGCACAGUCGAUGUCGGUGUGCUACGAAUGGUUGCCCACCGCGCCAGGCUGCCAUUGUUGGCGAAACUACCCGCUGAGGUAAUUGACAUGAUCUACGGCCACUCUCCACAUGCCCUGCUCUGGCGGUGUGUUUCGGCAACGUCGCUAGCCAUGCAGGUGUCGGCUACGGAGCCACAACCGCUGUCGAUGAUCCCCCUGGGCGACGUACUGUCGUGGGAGCGUCACGGACAACUGAAAUAUGCAGGACACACAUGGACAACGAUGCAUGCGUCUCUGCUUCUGCGGCUGCCCAUCCGUUCCGACGGCAUAAGCAAGGUGGAACGGCUCUCGUCCCUGCCACAGCCAGAGGCUCGGAACUCUCCUACCUCCGCCUUCGUCAUUGUACGCGUCAAGUUUAUAGACGGAGUUGUAUUGCAACUCCAGGUACGUCAUGACGAUGCCGGUUAUCUUUGGAUGUAUUAA